AUGACACAGACGAUCUUCGAUGUUCUUUGGGAUAUAUCAACUGCAGAUGAUCCCACUGCCAAUACGACAACCACGCGGUCUGAAGUCAAGCAUCCACGGCCGACACCUCCAGAAAGGUAUAGGAUUCCAAACCCAUCCGUACGAUUAUUCGCGAUUAUAAUCGGCAUCGACGAGUACAAAUAUGAGGGACCGAGCCUCAGGAACUUAAGAAGCGCUGUAAACGACGCCAACAUGGUGGACGAGUUUUUACAGACGUCGAUGGGCGUCCCAAAAGACCGAAUUCAGAACCUUCGAAACGAGGAUGCGAAUCGCUUGGAUAUCCUGCAGCACGUCAGAGCGCUCGUCUCCAACCCACAUAUUGAAGCAGGAGACCCUGUCCUCAUCUUUUUCGCCGGAUAUGGAGCUCGGACGACUCGUGCCGCAGGAUGGCCUCAGAGCGAAAAAGCAGAUUCACACUCGGUCGAGAUGCUUUGCCCGUAUGAUUUUGUGCCGAGGACGACGGAUGACCUUGAGGAGCAAGGUAUCCCAGACAUUACCUUAGAGGCUCUUCUCCGUAAGAUUUCGGAAGCCAAGGGGGACAAUAUUACUGUUAUCCUUGACUGCUCCUUCUACGGCUCGGAGGGUAGGGUUGAAUUUGUAUACGAAAGUCCCUUGGUCACGGCACGCGGCGUCAACCUCCCUCAUAAUUAUACCAUGCUACCCACGAUCGACGCUGACUUACUGUGGCACGAUGACACAUUCCUUGCUGGUAAAGCAAUUGAAGGACACCGUCCCUCCCAUGUCCUUUUGUCGGCUUGCAGACCCUGGCAGGACAGCAGGGAAGACAGUGGACGUGGACGGUUCACCAGAACUCUUCUGGAUGCUCUGCAAAGCGUCGGUACCGAUCAGCUCACUUACGAGGCUCUGGUCAAUCGUCUCCCUAAUAUUGAGGACCAGAAUCCGCAGCUCAAAGGCGCUCAUACUUCCAGAAUAUUGUUCGAUGCUAAGGUACCAGGCCGUGAUCGCUUCCUCUACAAGGUCACCAUGCCAGAGCCUGCCAUCUAUCAGUUGGGCGUUGGUGCGGUCUCUGGGAUCACCGUCGGCGCCAGGUUCAGUGUCUAUACCGACAAACGCCUCGAUUCUCAACCCCUCGGCGUUCUCAUCGUCACAUCAGCUAGAGCUUUCACCUCAGAAGCGACGACCGAAGUACUCGACACCGUCGAUGGUCUACGCACCCUCCCUCUUCCCUCUUCUGUCACCCCUUAUGCGCUGCAGACUCGAGCGGGAAUCAAACCUGCCUUGAGAGUGCAUAUCCCCAACGACCCACGCGUUCGGCAUGUUUUUCAUCGACUCUUGAGGGAAAUGAACGAGAGCCAAAAACGGGCUAAUCGGCCGAUCAUAUUUGUCCAGCGCGAUGCCUCCCCACCCCCCGACAUUGCACUAGUGAUCAAAGGGAAUGAAGUAGCCUUCGAAACCUACAAUUCGUCCUGCCGUCUUCGAGGGUUGCAACUCUGCGAACAAGUCCCAUGCGACUCCGACAUCGUCUUUUCCGUCAUCUCCAAUGCCGCAGAGUUCGCCUAUUGCCUGGAUCGCUCCGCGCCGACCACAACUCUCACGGGGACGGAACGUGGAGUCCGGCUGGAGUGCUUCGAGUUAGAGCAGACCACCGCUGUCGUGGAUGAUGACUAUGUAAUGCUGCCGAAGGACCCCGAGAAGAAUCUCGUCGACAAUGGCUCCGUAGAUGUAUUUGUCGAAGAUGACAAGAUCUACGGCUUCAAGAUUGUUAACGACACCGACCUUCCUCUAUGGAUUGCCUUGAUGUAUUUUGACAUGAGCGACCUAAGCAUCUCACCAUACGGGCAAACGGGCCCCAUUCGGACACGCGACCCUUCCGUGUACCCCCGAGACAGUAUUACGAUCGGUUAUGGGACUCACGGAUGGUCCCAAGCCCAUCAAUACUACCUACGCCCUGGUCAAAAGACAGAUGUCGGAUUUUUAAAGCUGUUCAUCUCUCUGAAACCCUUUGGCUGGUCUUCGGAUUUAGACCUGGUGGAACGUAGUCCAUUGCACGGUGCUGCUUCCCACGAUGCAUUGACCCAGAUGAUUGAGGACAUUGAACUGUGGGACACCGUUCUUGUGUCAGUCGUGCAACAUUCGGGGCGUACCCCUCUGGUUUAA